UACCUCUUUUGGUCCCAUUUGGGUGCUAAUUUAUGAGUUCAGAAGUACUUAGUUACUGAACCUUCAGCCUUGAAGACUAUCAAGUUGUCCAACUAAUUCACCUUAAGAAGUACUUCAAGGAGAGACCUGGGUGAGCCUGAGUUGGUGGGGCAUAAUCCUACAGGGUGGGACAGACCCACCCAAGCACUCACUGAGAUGCAAAUUGAUCCAAAGAGGAUUGUUUUUUCAACGCUAACUACACCCUCACCUAUGACAAGUAAUCUCAGUAAUCCCACACUAGGUGAAGUGGUUACAGCAGAAUUCUUCACUGCUUCACAGUCUGGGAGGAGGAUGGGGUGUUGAAGAUUUUAAAAACCGCCUGCUGUAUGGUUUGGCCUUAUUUUGGAUCUCAAGUUUGUCACAGGAACAUAAAUAUUAGCAACUCGAAUUAAAUUGGAGCUAAUGCCUUUAGUCACUUAGCCUUACAACCCCCACCUACCCUCAGGAUCUCUUCCCAUUCUCCCCCUCCAAGCAGGGUCUUUGAGCAUGCACAUGCGCAGGCCCAUAGCUGCCACCACUUCCGGGGGAACAGGCCAAUCACAGCACAGAACAAAUGUGAGUCUCUGACGCAGGAAACCGCGCUCUGCGCGGGGGAUGUUGGGGUCGUUAAUCUGUGGCCGGCCUGUCUUUGAACCGAGUGCGAGUGCGCAGCGCCUUGCUUGAGCCGCUGAACCGCUUGCUGCAGAAAUACAGGAUCCUGGGCCUGCCUCAGCUUAAAUCCAUGUAGUCGUAAUGGAGGUGGUAUGACUGCGUUACAUGAGAUUUUUAUCAGGACAACAGUUUUCAAGUUGCAAAGUGGCCACGUGAUCUCCAAAGAAGGAUUGUUGGGGUGUGAAGGAAUGAAUGGUUGCUUGCUUGGACCCGUGGUUACUUUGUUGAAGAAGAAAGUCAUUAAUCUUAAAUUUAGGUGAGUUAAUCCAUGAGAGAGCUGCAAACAGUGAAUCUUUCUUGCCCUCAAGCUACGGGACAGGACACUACACAAGACUUCAGUGGCUGCCAUCAGAAGCUGGGCCAGUGGAACGUAAAGCCUCGAGGUCUGGGGAAGAUCUACCGGCUGGGUCUUGAGCUUACGGCGAGCCUUGCCAAGGGGAACAUUCUCACCCACCACCUUCAUUUUCUGCUCAAUGGAGUUUGUAACAGCCCUGGUACACCUUCAGGAAGAGUCUAACUGCCCCAUCUGUCUGGACUACUUGAAAGACCCAGUGACUAUAAACUGUGGGCACAACUUCUGUCGCUCCUGCAUCAACAUGAUGUGGAAGGAUCUAGAAGAUACCUUCCCCUGUCCUGUCUGCCGUUUUUGCUUUCGUAACAAAAACUUACGGAGCAACCGUCAGCUCAGUAAUUUGACUGAAAUUGCUAAACUACUGCAGGUCAGAAGGAGCAAGAGAAAAAGGCAGGAAGAGUAUUCUGUGUGUGAGAAGCACAAUCAGUUUCUGACCCUUUUUUGCGGAAAGGACCUAGAGGUUUUAUGUACACAGUGCAGUCUCUCUGCUCAACACCAGAAACACUACAUUUGCCCCAUUAAGAAAGCUGCCUCUUAUCACCGGAAAAUUCUAGAAUAUAGCAUUGAGCCCUUGCAGAACAAUGUGGAACGAGUUGAAAAAGUGAUAUCUCUGCAAGCCAGCAAAAUUGUGGAACUGAAAAAGAAGGUAGAGUAUAGGAGAGAAGAAAUCAUUUCUGAAUUUGAGCAACUUCGACUGUUUCUGCAAAAUCAGCAAGAGGCUCUCCUUAGGCAGAUGAGAGAUGAAGAGAUGGACAUUUUAACGAAACUAAAUGCCAACCGUAUAACAUUUUCAGAGCAUGUUUCCACAUUAAAACAUCUGCUGAAGGAGGUAGAGUGCAAGUGUGGGCAGUCGGAACUGGAAUUACUGACACGUGUUAAAGGUGUCUACCACAGGUAUCAAAACCUAAAACGUCCUGAGCUCUUUUUAUUCCGAUUAAAGAAAUACGGACUUAGCCUUCCUCCACAAUACUCUGGCUUGGGCAAAAUUAUCAAGCCAUUUCAAGUAGAUGUGAUUCUAGAUCUUGAAACAGCACACCCUCGGCUUAUCGUCUCUGAGGAUAGAAAAACUGUGCAUUAUGGAAAGAGAAGAAAAUACCUUUGUUAUAACCCAAGGAGGUUUUACCUCUGCCCUGCUGUCCUGGGUUCUAAGAGAUUCAGUUCUGGCCGGCAUUACUGGGAGGUCAUAGUGGGAAACAAGCCUAAAUGGACCUUGGGAGUGUGUCAAGACUGUUUUCCUAGGAAUUGGAGGAAUCAGCCAGUAGCUGAGGGUGGGUUCUGGGCAAUUGGGAGAUAUAUUGAAAGCAUUUAUGUUAUGUUGGGUCCUAAGAGAAGCCAGCUUCUGCCCACAGUAAGACCCACUAAGAUUGGCAUUUUUUUGGACUAUGAGUUGGGUGAGGUUUCCUUUUACAAUAUGAAUGAUAGAUCUCUUCUCUAUACUUUUAAUGAUUCUUUUACAGAAGCUGUUUGUCCCUAUUUCUAUGUUGGAAUAGAUUCUGAACCUCUUAAAAUCUCUUCAGUAACAGAUGAUGAAAGAUGAAGUACCUGGGAAAGAAACAAUGCUGUUUCAGUAUCUAGGGAUAACUAGUAAAUUUAGUCUCAGCAAUUCUGGAUUCUUGUGGUUUACUGCUGAAAACCAGAAGAGAUUUUUCUCCUUCAUUUUAAGCAACUAUAAAACAUGAGAGUAACACCAAUUUUAUAGAUGUUAUAGAUGCUUUUAGUUUCUAAGAUAAAGUAUUUGAGGAUUAUGCUACUUAACAAAUUUAAUAAAAUAUUUCUGUUGAAAUUACCUAUAAUAA